AUGGUCAAGAAGUACGUUCUCGUCUCCGGAGGUGUCAUCUCGGGUAUCGGCAAGGGUAUCAUCGCCUCCUCCACCGGUCUCCUCCUCAAGACAAUGGGCCUCAAGGUCACCUCGAUCAAGAUUGACCCCUACCUCAACAUCGAUGCCGGCACCCUCUCCCCCCUCGAUCACGGCGAGGUCUUUGUCUUGAACGAUGGUGGUGAGGUCGAUCUCGAUCUCGGAAACUACGAGCGUUACCUCGACGUUACCUUGACCCGCUCCAACAACAUCACCACCGGCAAGAUCUACAGGGAUGUCAUCGAGCGCGAGCGCAAGGGCGACUACCUCGGCAAGACCGUCCAGGUCGUCCCCCACAUCACUGAUGCCAUUCAGGACUGGGUCGAGCGUGUCGCCACCAUCCCCGUCGACGACUCUGGUGAGGAGCCCGAUGUCUGCAUCAUCGAGCUCGGAGGUACCGUUGGUGAUAUCGAGUCUGCUCCCUUUGUCGAGGCUAUGCGUCAGUUCCAGUUCCGCGUCGGCCACGAGAACUUUGCCUUGAUCCACGUCUCCUUGGUCCCCACCAUCGGUUCCGUCGGUGAGCAAAAGACCAAGCCCACCCAGGCUUCCAUCCGUGACCUCCGUGGUUUGGGUCUCACCCCCGAUCUCAUUGCCUGCCGUUGCGAAAAGAAUGGAUUGGAUGAGGGUAUCCAGUCCAAGAUCUCCAUGUUCUGCCACGUCCAGCCCAACCAGGUCCUCGCCGUCCGCGACUGCAACUCCGUUUACCACGUCCCCGAGCUCUUGAAGGAUCAGGGUAUGGUCGACUACCUCUGGAAGCGCCUGAACAUCGAGAAGACCAUCAACAUCAGCGCCCCCUUGAAGCAGAAGGGUGUCGAGAUGUGGGCAAAGUGGAACCAGUUGACCUCUUCUCAGGAGCGUCUCCAUGACACCGUUACCAUCGUCUUGGUCGGCAAGUACACCAACCUCCAGGACUCUUAUGCCUCUGUCGUCAAGGCCCUCGAGCACGCCUCCUUGAACUGCCGCAAGAAGCUCAUCAUGAAGUGGGUCGAAGCUUCGGAUCUCGAGCCCGAGGCUCGCUCUGCCAACCCCGUCAAGUACCACGAGGCCUGGCAGGAUCUCUGCUCUGCCCAGGGUAUCCUUGUCCCCGGUGGAUUCGGUAACCGUGGUGUCGAGGGUAAGAUUGCCGCCGCCAAGUGGGCACGUGAGCAGAAGGUCCCUUACCUCGGAAUCUGCCUUGGUCUCCAAAUCGCGGUUAUCGAGUUUGCCCGCAAUGUCUGCGGUAUGCCCGAGGCUCACUCCAUCGAGUUGGACGAGAACACCACCACCCCCGUCGUUGUCUUCAUGCCUGAGAUCAGCAAAACUCACCUGGGUGGCACGAUGAGAUUGGGCUGCAAGGCCACGUUGUUCCAGGAGGGAACUGAGAACUCCAAGCUUCGCAAGUUGUACGGAGGCGGAUCUGAGGUUUUGGAGCGUCACCGCCAUCGCUAUGAGAUCAACCCUGAGAUGAUCGACAAGUUUCACUCCAAGGGCAUGCAAUUUGUCGGCAAGGAUGAGACUGGUCAGCGCAUGGAGAUUGUCGAGAUGGCUGACCACCCUUACUUCGUCGGUGUCCAGUACCAUCCCGAGUACUUGACCCGUCCCCUCAAGCCCUCCCCUCCCUUCAUGGGUCUUAUCUUGGCUGCUACCGGUGACCUCGAGAACCACCUCGCCUCGUUGUAA